AAAAGAGGCAAGCUGAAACAGAAGCUGACAGACCUGAGGAAGCCUCGUGUGCCCCAAAGCCUGCAUGCUUUUAUCCACCUCCAGCAGCUGAUCUAAUAAAAGACGUUGCCUCUCUUUACAAAGUUCGCUUUGGACAACCACGUCCAAUUUGGCCAGUACAAUGAAAUGAAGACACGGAAGCGAUGAGUAGCCUUAAGACAAAUCUGUAAGCAACAGGGCACUCAGGAACACUCUGCAUUAAAAAAAAAAAAAAAAAAAAAAAAAGAAAGAAAAGGAAUGAACACAGAUUUCCUUGUGGGUGUUUCAGUGCUGCGAGAAACCGCCCCACUGCCACGCAGUCUGUGGUGUUUCCCACUUCUGAUCUUUGCUGAACACGGGAUAUCUGAAACCAACGUGUCAUGCAAAAAGAUACUAACCAAAUAUUUCCGGCCGAUUGAAAAGAAUGGUUCAGGCUCCAGCAGAGAUUCAGGUUUGGUUCUGUUUACCCUGCACAAAUUACUCAGCACCCAGGGAUUGUAUUGGCAACAAGGAAAAUAACACCGCCUUGGCCAGAUGGUAGGCACCCUGAGCCGACGGCGUCAGACACGAUAGCGGGAUCGGUGAGAUGGUUUGGGGCAAUCGUAUCGUUAAAAAAGCAGCACGCAGGGGCCAAAAAGUGGUAAAAAUAUUUAUUUGGUUUCAAUCCAGCCCAGGCACGGGUUGUGGGGCUCCCCAGAGGCGCUCUGGGUGCGGGGCCUUCUUUGGAAAGGAUCAUUUUGCUCUUAGUCACCGCGCAGGUAGUGUUACAGGAGGUGUGCGCUGGCAGCCAGCCCGAGUCCACCCCGCUCCUCGCUGAUUGCCAGAAAGCUAACGAGCAAAUACUUCCGCUUUCACGCUGUUCCCUCCCCUCCGGCUGGACCUGCAACCUGUCCCAAGGCUGUGUUAGGGCCAAAGUGGAGCUUCCGGGGAAGCAGCUUGGGUAAAAAGAGUGACCCAGAGAAGUAAAACCGAGUGAAGGAGGGCUGGAGAGGCCAUCCUGUGUGCGGGGCAGGAGCUGGGCAGAAAGUAUCGGGUUUUGUCGUGUGGACGAGCCACUGCCUGCCUUCUUCCCACCGUGGGUCUCGGGGAGAUGAGCAUUUCGUCGGAGCACAAGCCCCUCGGGAAGCAGGUCACUGGCAGCCUGCACACGACACCAGGGCUUGCCAGAUGUGUGGUCACAAAGAGGAUUCUACUUUGGUUACAGAAGGGCCACGUCCCUCGCAGGCAUACAAGGCAGCAGCAAACAACCUAGCAUGUGACUAGAAGCACUGGAGCAGAUCCUUGCAUGAUCGGAUCCAAGAAAGAGCAGCUGUCACCAAUCGUGGAGCUGAACGUCGGUGGGGAGAUGUACACGACAACACUGAGCACCUUAAAGAAACACCCUGGCUCCAAGCUGGCAGAGAUGUUCACCGGCCAGCCCAAACUCAGGAGAGACUCAGAAGGCAGGUUCUUCAUCGACAGGCCGGGGACCUAUUUCAAAUACAUCUUGGAGUACCUGCGCAGCAACCAAGUGCCCACCCAGUGCAUCCAGGACGUCUACAAGGAGGCCUUGUUCUACGACAUCGAGCCUCUAAUCAAGCAGCUGGAGGACUCCCCGCAGAUCUUUGGGGAACUCGUGGCAAGGAAGCAGUUCCUGGCCCGCGUGCCCAACUACAGCGAGAACAUCGAACUGAUGAUCCGCAUCGCGAGGGCAGAGGCGGUCGCGUCCCGCUGCUCCGGCGUCAUCGUGUGCGUUGUCAGAACGGAGGAGGACGCAGCCAGGUGUCAGGAUGCCUUGAACAGUUUGGACACGGACAAAAAAUCCGUGGUGAAAUUCGGCCCCUGGAAAGCAGCACCGAGCAUUUCUGAUUUGCUGGACUGCAUUCAAAUGGAUGUUGAAGCAAAAGGGUACAAAAUAUCCUUUCAGCCCCACGUUGCUGAAAAAGGUUUUCGCUUCAAAUCGCACGACUUCUUCUACAAGUUCCUGUUCACCUGGUGGUAGCAAAGUGCCACCACUGAUGGAGAGCAAAAGAAAGCUACUAUUUAAACAAGUUAACUUAGGCUGUGGAGACUGUGGGCCCACGAAAGACUCUCUGGUUGUUUGCCAAAUUAAAGAGCAUGUAAGAGCCACUGUUUUGUUGGGCUUUAGGGGAUAACUGUACAAUUUAAAAGGUGUGUGUGUCUUGAAAUGCAGUAUGAUAUUUUCCAAAAUGUUUAUUCCUUUUGUGUCCACUAGUACUGACUAUAUUGAGAAGUAAAGGCACUGCAGAGCCAGCCGAGGUACCAGGAAAAGAAGGAAAUUUAAUCUUUGUUGCCAACAAUUAGAUUAAUUGAGGGAGCCAGAUUUUAGAGUUGAGCCAAUCUCACUCAACCUAAGGGAAAUAAAUAAUCCCAAAUAUCUCUUGUGGACAUGCAUCAUUAGUCUCUUAGUACAAACAGGAACACAUUGCUGCCUUAGGGUCCAAACUUGUUACUAGGGUUAAGAGCAGCACAUGGACUUGUCCCCUGUACUCAGCUUUAUUUUGAUUCAUAAAUACAAAGAUCUAGAGUCUCUUCACAUAAACCUGCUGACCUCAGAGCCUUCUCCUUGCUUUGAACACCCAUAUGUUAGGAUCUGCUGUACCAGAAGCUGCACAGAGUGUAGCAGCCACAAUUUUAUUCCUAAUAAACACAGACAGUAUUGACUAUAAAGGACACAGACCAACCUCUAAAUACUAGCUCACAUUUGCAGUGUUGAAAAAAAAAUCAAUUUUGUAAAGCAAGAGAUCAAAUUUGGAAGCAGUUUUGAGAGAGAAGACAGGAGUACAUAAAAUCUUUCCUCUAAUUAAUAUUUCACUGUUUCUCAUGAAUAAUAAUCAUAAUUAUAAUCAGACAUAAUCUGAACUAUGAAAAAAAAAACACAUACACGUGCAAUUCCAAGUGGAAUCACUGAAAGCUGUGUAAAUACUUACUCAACUUGAAUUUGGAUCUUUAACGAGAAAGCUAAAGCUCUGUCUCUCACCGUUUUCCAUACCAGAACCUACGUUAAAAAGAAUUUCAGUGUCCCAUUCUCUCCUCUUGUUCCUUUCUAGCCUGCUCUCCAGACAAUGUAUUUAUUACUGCUAUUUAUUAUUUAUUUGGAAGGAAAGAUAGCUUUCCUUUUAGCUAUGGUCCAGGAUCAACAAAAAAUAAAAACACCAUCACUGAUCUGAGGACACGCACUCCUCUCUCCUGUCACACUACUUCAAUUUUUUUAUUGUGGCAUUCAUUAUUAUUACAGCACUAUAUCUAAUUUUAUAAGCUUCUGGAAGAAUAGGGAACCCCCCUGUGAUUUGACUGGAAGGAAGUGCCACUGAAGCUAAAGCCUGGGGCCUUAGUGGUUAUUCUGCUUUACAGCACGUGUGUUGGGUCCUAAAUCAGGUUUAAAAAACAUCUCAAUAUUCCAAAUGUUUUCUGUUGUUUUGUUUUUGUUGGUGUUGGUGUUUUUUUUUUUUUAAUUAUUAUCAUUAUAUAUAUUUUUUGGUUUUGUUUUUACU